AUGUCUGACAACGGUCAACACUCACCGAAUGGUGCCCCUGCUGAGACCCCUGCCAAUGCUGGAAGCGGCGAACACCUGAACAUCAAGGUCACGGACGGAAACAAUGAAGUGUUCUUCAAAAUCAAGAGGAGCACCAAACUGGAAAAACUCAUGAAGGCGUUUUGUGAGCGUCAAGGAAAGGACCCUCGUGCUGCCAGAUUCUUGUUUGAAGGAGGCAGGGUCCAAGCAUCUGAUACACCAGACCAGCUUGAAAUGCAGGACGGCGAUUCCAUUGAAGUUCAUCAGGAACAGAUUGGCGGUUGCGCUUGA